AUGAGCAAGGUCAAGCUGCCCAAGGCUCUCAAGCUCAAAGGCAUUCCUAACCGACAUCUCCACGCUCGGACUACCUUUCUCUACCAGGCAGCCACAUAUCUCACGUUGCAGACAAUCGAAGGGCGGGGCAUCAAAUCGCCAAUUGCGGUUGAGAAAAGCGUUGUAGAUGAUGAUGCUUCACUGCCUCACAGUCACUCUGCUGUUGCUCUCCAACUGGGCUCCGAUCUUCAGCAAGUUUCUAGAAAAGCACAGCUACGUUUAGCGGUCGACUUGAAGCGGACCAUGUGCAAAAGCUGCAACACCAUCCUUGUGCCUGGGCAAACCGCUACCCAGCGCAUCGAAAAUACGAGCAAAGGCGGCAAGAAGCCACGGGCAGAUGUUCUGGUCCUUCAAUGCUGCUACUGUGGAAGCAAGAAGCGUUUUCCUGUUGGCGCAAAGCGACAACUCAAACAAUCGAAACGAAGAACGGUCGUAGUGGAAAGCCCUCAUGCAAACUCACCUGAGGAGGCUUCCAUGACAGACUCGACAGGCCCCACUGGCACCGAAAUCACUCCGCAUACAGAUUGA